GUUUUUUUUUUUUUUUUGGACCCCUCCUCGGCUCCACAGUGGAUGAGAGCACCGUGGGAAUUCCCUCAAACUCUAAGGAGAAGAAAAACCAAACGGAAAAAGACAAAAAAAAAACUUGUUUUUCAGCUGUUGGAGCUCAUCGGACGUGGAGGAGCAGCGCGGGGGGCUUUUCAUUUGAGAUCCGAACAAACACACCAACCAAACCAAAUAAUAAUGUCAACGUUAAUUUGCGGAGAAGUUGGGUGACGCGGCGUCUGGGGUCCACCCACAGACGGACGUCUGAACGGAGACGACAGGGUAAUUUAUGUGUCAGGUGGCGAGCACGGAUGAAAGGGGAUUUUUAAACACGGUUGGGCCUCGAGUCUGCUCUGCUCUGAAAUGAGUCGUAUGCAGACUCAAGGGCAUCCGUGUCGUUUUCUCAUCCAAGUAUCUCAGGCCCCCAUUUUGUCUACGUGAUAUCGUUACCUGCUUCCCCUUUGGAACAUGUCCAGUUCAUUGGAGAGGGUUGUGGCCCAGAAGAAGGAGGCCAUCGAGGCAGUGAUGGAUAUGUUUGAGAGGGGGGCCGAGGUGUUGGCCAGCGCCGUGGGUGAGCUCUUCCCCCUCUGUGAGGCCGCUGCUCCGGUUCUCCGCCUGGCCUUAGACAAUGUCCUGAGCAAAGAGGUCUUUUACGUCAAAGAGCAAUUCCUGACGGUGAGGAACAAGCUCGACGUGCUCUCCACCCAGCUGGAAGACAUUGACUGCGAGAUCAAGAAGGGGAGACUGGACUCCCAGUACUUCUCCAUGGAGGAGAACAUCAGAAACCAGUUUAGGAAAUACAUGGACAUCUUGGAGGCAAAACAGGAGUUCAGGGAGGUGAAGACCAGGCUUUUUCUGGAGCACUUUGCUAAAACGGGGGGAGAGAAGAACCUGUUUGUGUUGUAUGAUGCUCUGAUGGGUACUAACAGCUUUGGAGAGUCAGUUUUACAGGUGGUAGACAGGUAUGUGGCGAGGAACCGCCGCCUCCUGGAAGAUUUCUGUGUCCGGAUGAAGGAGCUCUUCUGUUUGGGCCUGAUUGCUCUGCUGGGCCACUGUGCCUUAACCCAAGGCCAAGAGGAGGAAGAGGACAAAAUCCAAGAGUGGAGCAGCAAAAUCGAAGAAGUAGAAUCCAGGAUGAAGACAACCAUUGAGUCCUGUAUUGCUGCCUUCCCAGAUCAAGCAAAAUUAGAUGCCCAGCACCACCUGCAAGACAAGGACGAAGAAAACCUGCAAGAUACGACUCAGCAGCUUCUAGAGUUCUUGGUGAAAAAGUAUGAUUGGGUCAGCUGGUCAGUGAGGCUAAUCAACCAUUCAGGAAGCACCUACCGCAAAUGGCGAGCAGGGGAGCACUUUCAUCACGUGGCAGGACAGAACUGGUUCGAGGUGCUGCAGGUGAAUAACAUAAACCUGGUGGUGUCGUACAGCACCAAACCCCAGCCGGUGCCCCGCGACAGCAUCCGGCAGGCGAUGGAGGGCCAGGGGAAGAAGGGAAACGCCCCGGCGGUGGUGGAGGUGCUGGAGAAGCAGCUGUGCGGGUUUGUCGUUCACGCCGUCAGUCGCCACAAGGAGUCUGCAGCUGCAUGGAGCUUUCCAGAGGGAUGCCACUACUGGGAGAGACACAAGAAUGUGGCAGUGUGUGUGCACUCUGAGUAAAGCUGUCACAUGUUUAAGAUUUUAGCAUUUUAGCAUCCCUAUUGGAAACAUUGUAUUUCAGAUCUUUCAUUAAAAGAUUUUAAUCACAGAUGCACUUUUAUUAGCUUUCAGGAUUGUGCAAACUCUUUAAACAGUGGAUAUUUAAAUUAUAGACAUUUGAUUUAUUUAUUCAUGUUGCGUAUGUUGUUGUAGCUGUUUAAAUAUUAACUGCUUGCAUAUUAUAAACUGUCACUGUGUAUCUGUAUUUGUAAUUUGAGUUACUAACCGGUUUCUUUAUAACUAUAUGAGUUUUUAAACUAACACUGUACUGUAUAGAAAAACAGGGAGUGUCUAAGCCUUUACUGUGCCUCAGCAGCAUACAGUAAUAAUCCAGUCCCCCGUGAGAAAUGGCUUCUGCACCUACAGCUCUAAAGCGGCGGUUUUGCUGAGGCUGCAUCUACAGAGCUGUGCUCCCAUUUUGCCUCUGCUCAUCAGGCU